AUGGACGAAGUCGAGAACCCAGACCUCCCAGCGGCAGGGGAGUCGAGUCCCACGCUCAGACCUGUCGACGAAGAUGAGGAUGCUGGAGUGAGGCCCAACGCGGCGCACAAGCUUGAAGGAGAUAAUGCAGCGAACAACUCUACGCCGAAUCCUCCAGCGACAAGAGCUGCUGUGCCCGCGAGACCGGGCUUGACACGAGAGAACUCGGCACCUCCACCUCAGCAACCGCCUCCAGCGCCGCCUGUUCAGUCCGUAGCCACCGAAUCGAUCGACUUCUCGCAAGAAGCUCCCGACAGUCUUACGCUUGCCGAUCUCAAGCGUAUACGAAGUACUUUCCCUCAAAGCCAGCCGACUCCGAAACAACAGCUGGCGGACGACGAGAAGGUUUACGACUUUGACUACAGAGACUCCCAAUCAUUCCCGGUCGAAUUGGAAGAGUGGUUCAGCUAUAGUGAGGACGAGGAGCUCAAGUUGAGGAAGUGCAGAUCAGUGUUCAACGAUGAGUGGAGGAGUUCGGGGGAUGGGAAGCAUGACUGGCUGGACAUCACCGAGGAUGCAAGGAGAACGUUCGCGAAGAAGUGGAUGAAAGUGCUGGAAGACGGUUCAGACGAAGAGCAGGUCACAAAAGCGCUCAUGAUAUUGACAUACAUUGGUCUGGGUGUAUGGGAAGAGACCGCUGGUCGUCGAGAAGGUUGUGCAUUGGAAGAUUUGUUCUCGGAUAGCACUUUUGGUGGUUCGAGGCUUGAUGAGUAUGGGUCUUCAAGCUUGCAAGUACAGUGGAUUGUUGCCAUGGUGGACACUCUGCACUCGUGUGAUGGGUUAAGGACGAUCUACUCCACAUUGAGAAAGAUGUGCGAACGGGACUUUCAAAGCACUGUUCCUGAGGCACCUUCUCGGAAUGAAACCCAAGCAAGGCGAGGUGACGAGAGUGUGGAGCUCUGGUGCUGUCUGACGCUGAUGUAUCUCUUUGUCGAGGUUGCGCGUUCGACAGGCAACGGACAGGCUUUGAAAGGGGAUGUCCUCGCAUUGGAGCCGAGCUUCCUCAAUUAUAUCACACAGAUCGUCGGACGGUUACGCUGGGAUGAAUCAUCUCCCGUCCCAUUGACGAAGAUGCUGCUCCUCGCAUGGAAGGCGAUUCUUGCAUCCUUUGGAGGCAUACAAGAUGUCGAAAAGGUCAAGGCGAGUUUCCGGGAGAAUCCCGACGAGAUGGAUGCUCGAGGCCAGCCGAUCAUCACGGCUUCUCCAUUGGACUACCACCUUUUCCGACAGGAGAUCAAUUCCAAAUAUCCAGCCUAUCAGCCUCCACCGCCACUGUUUCCUUUGGAGCCAGAGAAUAACAGCAUCUUGCCUCCACUGAAGCAUCGCCGUCCGAGUUUUGCCAUGUCUGACUCGGCAUUCACCGGAGCUCCUUCAGUAGGAACUGCGUCGAUCAUGCAUCAGCCUGUGCAUAUCGCUACGCCUGCUCCGUCACCUCCACCAUCUCCCGCCGGUCCUGGCAAGGCCGGAAAGAAACAGAACUACCAAACGAACCAGAUGUUUCCAUUCUUGUACCCUCCCCUCGACGCCAGCAGUAACGAGUUGGGAGGAAAGGGGAGCACCGAAUUGCAGGAUGCACUUGUUGGCCGCAAGUGGCAAGGUGCCGACAUUCCAGCGAGUAUUCUCGAGGCCGCAGAGCUAUUCGCUACACGUAUGCGAGCAACUCGAGGUAUGAAGCAACUGUGGGAAGCUCGAGUCGACUUUAUGAAGCAAGAACGAGGGUGGAAGAAUCCGGAUGAGGAUGACUUGCUGCCCGUCGAUGACGAUUUCGAACUGGUGCCCAAGGCAAAACCCGAAGACACCGUCGAGCAAGGACAGCCAGUUCCGCUGACCGACGAGCAGCGACAGCUGAACAAAGUCAGCCAGUACUACCGAGACUCACUACCACAUUUGCAGAGCGUUGUCAUUGUUUUGCUCAAGGCAGUGUUGCAGAAUGUCACCGACCUGGUCACAAAAGGCAACGGUCAGAAUGGUCUGCAAGCUGGUAUUCAGUUCAACGAUGUGAACGGCAUCAAUGGCUCAAAGCCUCUCGAGAAUGGUCUCAACGGCCACUCCGACGGCAUCGAGAAUACCGCAGAAGAGCUCGACAAACUGCGCACGCAAGAGAUCGCCGCAAAAGCACUGAGCGCUAUUCUCCUCCUCCUGCUAAAAUGGUUCAAGGUCACCCACAUCCUCCAAUACGAGUACAUGACCCAACUCCUCCUCGACUCCAACUACGUUCCUCUAAUCCUCAAACUCUGGCAAACGCAAGAGAUUGGCCGAGCAUGCCACUACAAACUUGACCGCUCCGACCGCAACUUCUUCGCAUUUUGCAAAUCCACCUCCCGCCAAGCGGACCCCGAACCAACAACCUCAAUCUCACCCAACGGCGUUCCCACAUCCGACUCGGAGGACGACGCUGCUCCUCCACCUAUCAAACGCAAUCGCGACGCCGACCCUGACACCAUCCUCUCUCCCGUCUUCGAGGACAGCGAAUUCGCGCAUCCGCCCGAGAUCGACGAGCUUGGCUACGCUCAAACCCCACUGCCAACAUCCCUGCUCAAGAACUACUCCUACCGCAACAUGUUCAGUGCGAUCAACUAUCUCCGAGUGCUGCAAAAGGUCACCCGCCGGAAAACCCAUCGCGCACUGCUGCUCGUGAGCUACAAGAGUUCCAACCAUCUUAAGAAGACGCUCAAGAUUCCUGUGCAGCAGUUGCGAUUCUACACUCUGAAACUCUUCAAGUCACAAGUCCCAUUCUGCGGACGCAAGUGGCGACAAGGAAACAUGAAGAUCAUCACAGCAGUAUGGCUUUCUGUUCCAGCGGAGUUGAGAGACGACUGGUUGUCUGGCGGCGGAGGCGGCAUGGGCGGUGCAUGUGUGGGAGAUGUGGAUGGUACGGUGGAGGAUGCGCUGCCGUUGGAGCAGAGUCUACGGGCGUUGACGCAUUGGUGGAAUGUAAGGAACUUCACGGAUGUGAUGGGUGUGGACAAGGGCAUGUUGGAGGAGGAGAUGGACUACUUCUCGAGAGAGCUGGAGAAGAUGGAGAUCAGCCGGGAGGAAGAACUGGGCGAUGAGCAGGCUCUGGCAGAGGAAGGGUGGCAGGGUCCGAUUGAGGGGUAUUGA